AUGGACGCAAUUACACACGCUACCUUCAAUACACACGUAUUGCUUCGACUGCCAUCAAAUAAUCUUAAGAUCUGCGAGCUCAAACCUGACACGGAUAUUUCGCUGGGAAAAUUUGGCGCAUUUCGCACAAACGACGUUGUCGGGUUUCCUUUCGGAACGACGUUUGAAAUUCAGUAUGACCAGGCGGACGACGAGAAAGUAUCGGUUAGUGGCUCGUCGAAUGACAACAAAAACUCGAAAAACAAGUUCAAGAUCCCGGUGGGUACGCUGCGCGUGCUGGGAAGUCGCCUCACUGCUAGUAAUUCAGGGGCCACGCUCGGCUUGGAAGAAGAAUCAACGCCUCAGCCGGAACUGCAGUCCAUCGGGAACAGUGAAAAUAAUCAGCACCUCAUCAAUAUUGGCAAUAGCAUCCAGAAAUUGAGCACGGAGGAAAUCGAGCAGCUCAAGCUUCAAACAGCGUCUAGUGAAGAAAUUAUCAACAAGAUGAUCGAAGCACAUGGUAGUUUUCACCAAAAAACCGUUUACUCCCAAGAGAAAUACCUGAAGCGGAAAAAACAGAAAUUUGCCAAGUUCUUUACCCUCGAGUACCUGAGCAGUUCCGGGCUUUUACAGUAUCUGCUAGACAAGGGCGACGUUGUGCGUGCGAUGGAUAUGUCAGAGGAAAGUUUAGGGAUGAUUCUCAACCUUGCCAACGUCAAGUCUAACGGGACUUAUCUGUGCGUGGACGAAACUGGUGGCUUACUGGUGUAUGCUUUAUUGGAGCGCAUGUACGGGGGCGAACACAGUGCAGAUGCAGCUGGAAAGGUGAUUGUGGUCCACGAAAACGAGCACGCCAACCUAGACCUACUUAAAUUUUCGAACUAUCCCGAGGAUUUCAUUCAAAAGCACGUCAAAACCGUGUCGAUAUUGGACUACUUUGAGCCGCCGGCGUUAGCUGAGGUCCAGGAAGCGUUUACGCCAUUAUCAGAAGAACAACUGAAAUUGAUGAAAAGCAAUAAGAAAGGUGCAUAUUAUCGCCGACUAAAGUGGUACAACAGUCAACUCGAUAUUAUCGAUUGGACCAGCAAACUGCAGUAUGAUGGUUUGAUCGUUGCAUCUACUUUGCAUCUACCCACCUUUGUACCGAGGUUGGGAGAAAGAGUUCAUGGUUCCAGGCCCGUUGUCUGCUACAGCCAGUUCAAGGAAACCGUGCUAGAGUUGUCCCACGCUCUUUACAGAAAUUUAGAAUACCUGGCCCCAACGAUCAUGGAAACUCGUUGUAGGCCCUAUCAAACCAUCAGAGGUCGCUUGCAUCCUCUCAUGACCCAGAGGGGCGGCGGUGGUUAUCUUAUGUGGUGUCAUAAAGUCAUCCCAGUUAAUCCAGACGAUGUCAAAGCACCCACUUCGAUUCAAUCUGGGUCUACUGGAGAUUCCGACGCUAAAAAGCAGAGAUUAGAUUAA